AUGACCCCUCAAUCAGAGAUCGCUAGCCUCAGCGGCAAAACCGCAUUAGUGACCGGCUGCAACAAAGGUCUAGGAUUUCAAGUUGCUCGCCAACUGAUCCUUUCCCGAAUUUCGCAUCUGAUUAUUACUACUCGGGACCAUGUCAAAGGUGAAGCUGCCAUUUCAGCACUGCAAGCUGAUCCGGAGGUUAUCAAACUGGUUUCCAAAACCGAGACACCCACCCGCAUUGAUUGGUUCCAGCUCGAACUUGAUGAUUACAAUUCGACCAUGUCCUUUGUUGCGAAGGUAGAACAAGAUGUUCCUGAGCUCGACAUCUUGAUUCUCUGUGCCGGUAUGCUACAAUACAAGUUCGAGAGAGCCAAGACCGGUCAUGAACUGCUGAUGCAAGGUAAUUUGAACUGCUACAGCAACUGCCUGAUAAUCAAUGGCCUGUCCAAUCUCUUAGGUGUCACUUCCCGAAGGCGACAGUCUCCCGCUCAUAUCACGGUUGUGGGGUCAUACAGUAUGAAAUCGAGCACUGUGAAUAGCGCACGUGGUCAUGAGAAGGAUCAUAUCAUCCAGUACCUUGAUACCGAGGAAAGCUAUCGCCCUUUACAUCGUUAUCCGGACAGCAAGCUCAUGAUGCACGUCUACAUUCACCACUUCGCCGCCCAAACCAGACCAUGCGAGAUCAUUGUCAACACAGUCUGCCCUGGUUUAGUAUUCACUGAUCUAUUUAUGUCGGGGCCCUUUUGGUUACGAUCACUCAUUUGGGCCUCGGGGCGUGUUAUGGGUCAUCGUACCGUGGAAGAUGGCGCUCGAUUGAUUGUUCACGCUGCCACUGCAAUUGGAGAGGAAAGUCAUGGGAAAUUCGUUCAAAACAAUUGCGUUGAUAGGUUUGAAUCCUCCCGCUGA